AUGAAGAAGAUGUUUUCUUCUCGGAAGAAUUCCAGUGUGGAGGCCAUGGAUGCCCCGACCAGCAGGGCCAAGGUCUCCCUUACCAGUGGGACCAUGGACUCCCUUACCAGUGGAGCCAUGGUCUCGCCUACCAGUGGGGCUAUGGUCAUCCCUACCAGCGGGGCCAUGGUGUCCCCUACCAGCCCGGCCAUGGUCGCCCCUGCCAUCCAGGGGAGCAGUGGCCUGGAAGCCAGAAGACCCAACUUUCAAGACAAAGAUAUGAAUGCGAUCCACAAAGCUGCCAAAGAGGGCAACCUGUGGAGAAUGAAGCAAAUCCUCUUUUUCAGGAUAAAUGACGUGAAUGCAAUAGAUAAGAUGAGCAGGACUGCUCUCCAUGUGGCCUGUGCCUAUGGCCAUCCGAGGAUGGUGAGACUCCUAGUGAAGAGACACGGCAUAAUGGACUUCUGUGACGAUGAGCAAAAGACACCUCUGAUUUACGCCCUACAAUACCAGAAUAACGAAUGUGCACAUGAGCUGAUCAACCGUGGUGCCAAUCUAUUCGUAUCGGACAACGAUGGCAACACUGCUAUGCACUAUGCUGUCCUUGGUCACAAUAAAGCUACAGUGGAAAAGCUGCUUAACUUCGGGGCAGAUUUUAAAUCGAGAAACAAGAAUGACCUCACACCACUUGCACUUGCUAAACUUGCAAACAAUAAGGAAAUGGUGGAAUUUAUAGUAAGCAGAGGUGCAAAAGACGAUCCGAUAAAAAGGAAGCAACAACUAACUUCUGAAUAUAAAGAAGAAAGAAGACCCCAAACAUCUCAAAGUAGCAAUCUUGCUACAGAUCUACAGGAAUCUUCAAAAUCAGCACAAAAUGAAACAAAAUCAAAGACAGCGGAUGAAAUCUCUGAAGAAGGCUCUUUAAACAGCAAGCAACAACUAACUUCUGAAUAUGAAGAAGGAAGAACCCAAACAUUGGAAAGUAGCCUUUUUGAAGCUAUCUCUGAAGAAGACUCUUUAAUAGUGGAAGAUAUCUCUGAAGAAGACUCUUUAAUCAGCAAGCAACAACUAACUACUGAAUGUGAAGAAGGAAGAACCGAAACAUUGGAAAGUAGCCUUUUUGUGGAAGAUAUCUCUGAAGAAGAAGACUCUUUAAGCAGCAAGCAACAACUAACUUCUGAAUAUCAAGAAAGAAGGAGACCACACACAUCUGAAAGUACCCACCAUGGUAAGACUUCUGAUAGUGAAUUACUCUUGGUGCUCCUAACAUAGAUGCAGUAAGAGUA